AUUUUGUAGGUGAUUAGCAUAAGUUAUGUAGUCUGUAACCAUCAUCGUAGCCAUCGAUGCUCCUUCCAAGCGUGCGCUUCGGUUACGGUGAAGCGUAGAUACCCAUAAUGCAUAUCUAGCAGAUGUCAAACUCCUAAAGUGGUUUGGGUGCUUUGGGACUUGUGAAAACGAGCAGGAUGGAGGGGGACAGGCCACUUCAGGAAAAGCCUGGUUCAGCGCCUUCAGCCGACCGGGUUAAGGAGGCUGAUCUAUCGAUGCUCAAUGGGCUACAAGAUACAAUUCCGCAGGAUUUCCAAAGAAUUGUUGUCCAUGGAAAGCCCAAGUCUCCGGACCGGCGCCGGAAAAUGUCCUUCAAGCCAUGCGACCAGCACCUCCCGACCGCUAGGCUUAAGCUCUUCUGCUAUGAUAAGACAACAGGCAAGCCGUUAUCCAACGUACAAGUCCAGGUCAAGGCGCUGCCGAUAUCCCUGCCGGGGGGCGGGGAAGCGGACCCACGGGGCGCCGCGUCUGCGCAAGCCGCAGCCGCGGCCGCCGCACCCCACAAAUCCGUGUCCAACGCUUUUGGCAAUAAGGCCUACUCGCGCAAGGAUGGCACGGUUGUGUGCAAGGUGCUGGCCGGCUACCCCUACCUGGUGUCCGCUGUAGCCUCCGGCUACCAUGACUUUGGCCACAUGGGCGAGCAGCUGCUGCUAAACCCCAGGGACACCGAGGUAGUUCAGGGCGAGCUGGGGCUGGUGCCGGUGCGCAUCGCGGUGGUGGUGACGCUGCGGGAGCUGCGGCCGGUGCACCAGCAGGACUCCAUACAGUACGAUGCCACGGGUCAGGUAAACCCGCUGACCGCGCUGCCGCGGGGUGACCGGCGGUACGGCGCGGCCCCGCAGAAGGUGUCGUUCUACUCGAGUGAGGGCAUCAAGAUGGACUUCGUGGCCACAACCGUAGAGUGCCGCGACGUGCUGGUCGGCUGGCCCGCCUCGCUGGGCAACACGGCGGAGGCGGCCAGCUGCACGCUGGGGGUGUACGGCACGGAUCAUGAGGGGCACUGCUUCUUCUACGGGCCCAAGCUGUCGGGUCGGCGCGGUAACGGGCGUCGCGCUCGGGACUGGGCCACCAUUGACGUGGGUCGCUGGGAGUACGCGCGCAAGUACCACCUGCGCGGCAACCAGCUGGCGCCUGCAGUGCCGCUGUUCGACGACAUCUUCCGGAUGGUGGACUACCCGGCGCACGUCGCCAGGUUCCCGCCGCGGCGACUGCGCUCGGUGUCGCCGCCCAGGAGGUCCACCAGCCCCGGCCCGCCGGGUCGCUCCCGCGAGCAGCUACUCUCCAGCUUCCUCAAGAGCGCAGCCGAGGUGGCCGCAGCCGCCUCCACAGGCGGCAGCAUCCCCGACCCAAACGAUCCCGACCCCGUCGGCGCCUCCGCAGCAGCCUCUGCCUCUGCCGCCGCCUCCGCAUCCCCCUCCCGGCGGCGACCCGGCAGCGCCGCCACUCGCUCCCUGGCUCACCGCUCCGGGGUCGGAGGCGGCGGUGGCCGCAGCGGCGGCGCGGAUGGUGACGAGGAUGGCGAGGGCGGCGAGGGCGCAUCGCACCCUGACCUGGAUGCCGAGCUGCGCGCCUACCCCAAUGACAGCAUCCACAACUACCUGGACCCGGGGCAGUAUCGCCUGCAGAUGAAGGACCCCUCAAAGCUGCUCAUCUUCUACACCUACAGUGGCGACGGCGAGGCUGCGGAGAUCAACCGCGCGCAGGACGCGGUGGUGCCCUUCACCAUGCACGGCUCCGACGAGUCCUUCAUAAACCCGCGCGACGGCUCCGUGCUGCGCCCCACGCGCUUCCCCGUGCAGCUCUACUGCCGCGCGCGGCCCUGGUUCAACAUCGCGGUGUACGAUGUGGAGUCGCUGGAGGAGGUGGGCGCCCGCUACUCGCUGUUCUUCUCCAUCGAGCGCCUCACGCCCGUCAAGCACGACGGCUGGGUGGCGGGGCAGGGCGAGGGCGAGGCCGACCAGCAGCGCAAGCGCCGCAACAACCAGACGCCGGGAGCCGCCACGGGGCAGGAGGCGGAGGUGGCGGCCUACCUGGCAAGGUCCAAGGAGCGGGGCCGGCUGGCGCACCUGUGGGCCAAGGCGGAGGUGGCGGAGGCGGAGGCGCUCAAGCUGCGACUCAUCAUGCCGCCCUCGGAGGAGGAUAGCCGCAUCUACCCGUACAAGGUGGAGGGCAUGGACGACGCGUGCGAAACCAUCUACUCGGGCAUGCUGGGGCAGAGCAAGGAGAAGAUGUGGAUGACGCCGGGAGAGAAGUACCGCGUGACGGUGCUCAUGCGGUCGCCCUUCCUGGACUACAACGCGGUGCAGGUCCGCGUGGCUAACUGGGAGCUGGAGCCCUUUGUGUUCUACGCCAUGAAGAAGGUGGUGCUGCUGGUGGGCGUGCGGGAGCGCUACAACCAGGUCCCCGUGCCCAACACGGAGGUGGUGGUGCAGGUGAUGGAGCGGCCGCACACGCCCCGCCCGCCCGUGGUGAAGCCUGAGUGGUGCGAGAGCGCCACCGCGUACGCGCACCGAGUGCUGGACCAGCUCAUUGACUAUGUGGCGCAGAGCAACCGCGAGGGCCGCACGGUGGACGAGGGGCCGGUAGCCGGGGAGCUGCGCGGCUACACGGACGCGGACGGGCUGAUCAGCUUCGAGCUGCCGCCGGAGACCCGCGUGCACAUCCGCAUCACCCACUCCGAUGACUACGAGGAGGUGGGUGUUGUCCGCGAGCAGCAGCUGGGCUGCGAGGCGGAGCAGUUCGUGGGCUUCCAGCUGGAGCGCAUCACGCGCACGGCGGCAGUGGUGCUGGACUCGCAGUCGGGGGAGGGCGUGCCGGGGUUCACAAUCAGGGCGUACGACAUCACGGACUUGGUGCCGGACCUGCCCGAUGGCACCCGCAAGCACCGCUACCUGCUGGACCCCGACCUGCUGGACUCCAUAGACACCUCCCGCAUGGAGCCCUUCGCGGAGGCCGCCACGGGGCCAGAAGGAGCCACCAACGGCCCCUUCCUGCGCCGCGCCGGCCGCAUCCUCAAGCUGGAAGUCAACCGCUCGCCGCGCACCCACCACCUGCCCGGACAGGCGGCGCCCAUGACCGCCGCGGUGCCGGCGCGGCCGCGCGGGCGGCACCACGGCGGCAACGUGAGCUUUGUGGUGACGUACGACAGACACAGCGUGGUGUUUAAGGCGCCGCCGCGGCCGCGUGUCAAGGUGUCCUGCCAUGACACGUGUACCUUUGAGGAGGUGUUUGGCGUGCGGUUCAGGAUCAUGGUACGGCCGACUGGGUCGCCGCCGCCGGGGGCGAUGCCGCCGCCGGGCGGUCGGCGGUCGGCUGCUAGCAGCCGCCUGGCGAGCCGGCCGGCGUCGCAGCGGCCGACUGGGGUGGGGGUUGAGGCGGCGGAGGGCACUGGGGUGGAUGCUGGAGCAACAGGGACGGAGGUGGCAGAGGGUCCUGCCACUGCUGAUGCGGCAACUGGGAUGGAUGACAUGCCGGCAGCGGAGGCGGGGGUGGAGCAGCAAGGGGCGGCGGAGGCUGUGCCCGCACCAAAAGCGGCGUCAUCCAAGGCGGCCUCGAAGGCGCCAUCAGAGCUGUCAGCACCCACGGCUGCCUCAAAGGGCACUGCUGCUGCGGGCUCUGCGCAAGACGCAGCCCCGCAUCCGGAUCUGGAGUUGCAGCCAGCAGCAGCUGCCGCGGAGGGGUUGCGCCUGACGUCACAGUCGCCGGACGUGGAGGCGGCACCGAUGUCGCACAGAACAGCCAUGUCCGGAACAGCUUCCGAGCUUGGCGCACCUGCGGGGUUCCCCAUGGGUCCUCUGGGCGAGUCAGCCGCACCGCUGCUCGGGCCGCUGGACCCCGAUGCACCCACCCACUCAGCCACCGCGGCCGCAUCUCUCGCCGGCUCCGUUACCGGUAUUCCCUUCUCCACCGCCACCUCCACCUCUAUCGGUGACGAAGGCGAGCGCGACGCUGCCGCCACCUCCGCCGCCAUCUCCUUCCUGCAGGCGAACCAGCUCGCGGCACUUGCUCGCAUCGACGAGUUGGAAGCCGGCUGGGCUGAGCUGCAGCAGAAGCACCAGGUGGAGCAGGGCGAGACGCUUCUUGCAGAGAAGCGGCAGCUGGAGCUGCUGGUGCAGCAGUUCAAGACGGCACUGCGGAAUAAGCAGCAGCAGCUGGACUUGCUGCUCCAGGCGGACCGACCGCAGCAGCUAGAGCACAUGACGAUGGAGGCCGAGGGUGGCGGCGUCAGCCUGAGCGGUGCCAAGCCUGAGGGCGGCCAGCAAAAGGUGGUGUAUUGGGACGGCAUGGAUCGGCCCCCGGAGCGCACCGGUUGGAACCUGAAUGCGAACCUGCUGACGCAGCUGGACGAGCAGGCGGCGGCGGGGGCGGCUAGCGGCGGCGAGGAGGGAGCCGAGGGCGGCGGCGCUCAGGCGCCGCAUGGCAUCCUCCGUCGCGGCGGCGCCGGUCGAGCCCCCGGCGUGCCGGGCGCGGGUUACGGUGCGGCGGCGGCGGCGGCAGUGGGCGCGGCGGGAGGCCGUGAGGUGGCGUUUAGCGACGGUGGCACCGACGACGGGCCUAUCGCCGGGCGUCAGGAGUCUGGAGCCAUCGGCGGACUGUCUAUCACAGCCGCUGGGCCUUCGCAGUCGGUAACGGGUCGCUUGCGUGCACUCGCCUCCGCUGAUGUGGACGAUGAGCUAGACGACUUCAUCUUUGGCAAGAGCCGCCGAGGUGGUGCCGGCGGCGACGCGGAUCGCGGCGACCGCGGCGCCGCGGGCCCCGGCGGCCGUACCCUCAGCAAGGGCGGCCCUGGCGGCACCAGCAUGAAGAGCAGCGGCCCUCCCGACCUGAGCAUGCUGGUGCUGGGCAGGAGCGCCGGCGGAGGUGGUGCGUUCGGUUGGGGCGACGGCAUAGGGGAGGACGAGGAUGAGGAGGAGGCGAUGCGGCGGCGGCGUGCGCACGAGGAGGCGCUGAUGUCGCUGUUUGAGCCGUCGGCAGAGGAGGUGGAGCCGUGGGGCAAGGUGGUUUGGGAGAGCGUCAGCGGCCUGGAGGAGAAUGAUGACCUCAUCCUGGAUGGAGACGCGGAGGUGGCGGUGCAGAUCUUCCCCGUGUGGCCCUACGACGCGCGCAGCCAGAUGCUCAAGGGGCGCUCCUCGGGCGCCGUGGGGCCGCCCGAGUUCCGCUUUUUCCUGCCGCGCGACGUCAACGCCUUCCGUUUCUGGCUGGACAGGGACAAUGCACUGCCGGAGUUCUGGGACGAGGAGGGACAUCCCCGCCUGCCGUACCACCCGCUCGCUCGCCUGCAACCCACCGCGCCGCCGCACCGUCUGCUCGCCCCCGCGCACGACGAGAUGAAGCUCCUGCGCGCUGCCGGCGCCAACACCGCAUCCAACAUCGCUGCAGCCGCUCGCGCACACCAUCUGCUGCACCGCAAGAACAACGGCGAGGGCGACGACUCCGCAGCUGCUAACUGGGUGCCCACACGGCUUCGCUUCGUGAACAACGGUGUCAACGUACCCGGAGUGGUGCGAACCGGCAUAACCGGCCGCCCCUCCGUCACCGGCGGGGCGGGACUCGGCAAGUCACCGCUGUCCGGCGGCGGCAAAUUCUCCGUUGCCAACGCCGUUAGCCGGCUUUCCAUGGCGGGGUCCGUGAUGGGCAAGGCCGCCACCAUGGCAGGUGCGCCGGGCGGCGAGCGCGAGAGCAUCCUUCCCGACGGCAACCGUGUACUGCACCGUACGGUCUCGGCCAUCCAGUACGACCCCGAUGACAUCAGCGAUGACGUCAACGACCUCGCCUGGCAGCAACUCCGCCUGUCGGACGCCUCCUACCUGCCCUUGGAGCGCACCCGCCUGCUUCAAUUCCUCACACGCUGGGGCUCCUUCCCCCACAUCGCCGGCGGCGCGUGCAAGGCAUGCAGCAACCACGAACGGCCACCCGACACCAACCCGCUCCUCCGCGGCUCCGCGCCCUCCACGCCACGAUUCGUGGGCGAUGCGCCGCCGCCCACCUCCCAAGGCUCUGCCUCCGCCAUCGCCAUCGAAGCCGCGGCGGCGGCCGCCGCCGCCGCCACUGCCGACGUGCUCCCCGCCACCACAUCCCUCGGCUCCUUCGACGCUGGCGGUCUGGCCGGCGGCGCCAGCAGUCGCAACGGCGGCUCCACCUACCGCUCCAAGCUCAUGCGCCACCACGAGCUCUCCGCGCAGUGGGUGCUGGACUGCCGGCCGCCGCCGCGGCCCGAGCUGCCGCCCCACAUGCGGCGCCACAUGCCGGACCGCUACGCUCGCACGCAUGCCAUCAUGGGCAGCUCGGAGGCGGUGUACUGCCGCUCACCCUUCUUCACCUGGUGGCUGCCCAACGGCGGGGGGGUGCACGUGACGCUGUGUGACGGGCUGUACCGCGAUCUGAUUCCGCUGAUUGACGCGGUGGCGUUGAGCCUGGAGUACAUGGACCAGCACCUGGAUAAGGUUCGCAGCCUGAACGACGGUCGCGGCCGCGAGGGUCGCUUCCUGCUGGGGCACCAGGUGGUGGACUCCUUCUGCGGGGGGGUGUUCGUGGUGGACGUGUCCUCCGCGCAGCCCUUCUCGGGGGUGCGCUUCAUGCUGGAGCAGCUGUGCAAGACGUUCGACUACUGGGCCUCCGCCACGCCCAAGGGCGCGCACCCGCCCAAGUUCAACCUGAUGCUGUGCAGCGGCGAGGCCAUGGAGUGCUGGCGGUCCAGCCUGGGAUACGUGACGGAGGGGCUGUCGGGGCGGCUGCUUCCAUGGUACGAGGAUGUACGGCACAAGAUGCCUGCCGCCCCGGGCUUCAACAUGGAGAAGUCUCUCCGCACCGCCGGCAGCUUGUCCCGCAGCGAGGUGCCCAUCUUCCUGCUGUGCGGCGGGCUGCUGGAGGCGCCGCUCAACAGCCCCGCGGAGCUGGCGAGAGUGCUGUACGAGAUGCAGCUGGCAUGCCUGAACUCACAGUCGCCCAUGCAACCCGUGGUAGCGGUGGAGCUCUACCCCAUGCCCCAGGCGCGCACGGAGGCCCUCCUGAACGCAGAUGACAACACCGGAGGUGGUGGCGGUGGCGGCGGCAAGGGCGGCAGCGGCAGCGGCCACGAGAACGGCCAGACGACGCCCCAGCAGACGCGCGACGGCGCAGGCCUUGGCGGCGGCGGCGGCAACAGGGGCGGCAACGACGGUGCGGACGCUGCGAGUGUGGUGUCGGUGGAGGAGGCCGCGGCGCUGGGGAACAACAUCUUUGCGCUGCUGGUGGAGUCCCUGGCCGCCGGCCGCAUGCGGCUGCUGGAGGUGUUCCGCGAGGUGGACAAGGACGGCGACCGCGCACUGGACUGGCAGCAGCUGUACCGGCUGGUGCUGCGGCUGGUGCCGGAGGCCACCCCCGCGCACAUCCGCUACGUGCAGCUGCUGCUGGACUGCACGGGGGACGACAGAGUGAGGUACAAGGACCUGUCUGCCGCCGUGCGCGUGUGCGGUCGCGGCGGCAUCAACGUGGCGCUGCGGGACCAGCUGGAGGUGCAGCUGGUGCUGCAGAAGAUGGCAAUACUCAUGCUCAUGGAGAAGGUGACGCUGACGGAGCUGUUUGAGAAGUACGACCAGGACCAGGACGGCUACUGGAGCGAGCGGGAGGUGUGGAACAUGCUCAAGGACCUGUUCCCCAGCCUGCGUCCCUCGGAGCAGCAGCUGCUGUUCGAUGCAUUCAAGGACGUUGACAAGAACCAGGACGGGCGCAUCAGUCCGGACGAGUUCAACCGCGCCUUCAGCUCGGGCGGCGUGCCGGGGCUGCCGGGCAGCGGGGUGCUGGCGCAGCCGGAGCAGCUGCAGCGCAUGAAGGACGCGGGGGAGCUGGAUGACUUCGCGAUCAUGGCCAUGAAGGCGGUGGAGGAGAACCGCCGCCUGGCUCGCGUGCGCGCCGCCGGCUUCCCGCUGACCACCACGCUGCUGCGGGUGGCGGGCGCCACGCGGGGCUGCCACCGCCGCCUGGACCUGGGGCGCGCGCGAGCCUUCGCGGACCCCAUCGACCUGACGCCGCUGGAGCGGGUGAGGUCGGCGCUGGCGAGCAACCUGCAGCAGCUGCUGGCGUUUGAAAAGGCGUACGGCAACCAGCUAACCCUGGAGCACGCCUCCCGCGCCGUCCGCCUCAGCAGCCGCAUGUCCCUGACGGCCGAUCCGCCCUCAGCCGCCGCAGCAGCAGCAGGCACCUCCCCAGCCAUUUCCUCCCGCUCCGGCCGCCCUAGCAACAGCGCCCGCUCGCGGGCCUCCCCUCGGAACGACGCGGCAGGGAGCCCCGUGCUCAUGUCCGCAGCGGCGGCGGAUGUGGCUCGUACGGCACCGCCGGAUAGUUCGUUGAUGUCGUUGGUGGCGGUUGCGGCGGGCGGCACCUCGGCGGGUCGUCCCGUCAGCGCCAACCGCCAACGGCCGUCCACGGCUGUAACCUCGUCCUCUAGGCUGUUGGAGCCGACAGCGUCGCACAGCGCCUACGUCGCCGCCACUCGGCCUACCAGCGCCAUUGGCAGCGGCCCUAAAGGCGGCAGCGGCGGCAGCAGCUCCCGGUCGCUGUCGCGGCCGUCGUCCGCGUCGCGGCAGCGGCCUACGCAGCCAAUGACGGCGUGGGGCGCACUCGACGACCCGCACCUGCGCCGUCUGACGUCAGGGCCCAUGUCAGCGCGGGAGUCCCUAGCCGACAUUGACGGUGGCAGCUCCGGUGCGCUCAAGGGCCGUGAGCCCAGCGGCGGCAGCGGCAGGGGCGGUGGAGGCGGCAGCGGCGGCGCCUUGAGUCGGGAGCCCUCGGCGCGCAGCAGCUUGCUGGCGGGGUUAGGUGGGCUGGCGGACGACCCGCGGCUGUCCGGCCGGCAAGAGUACCGGCCGCCGUCGGAACGCUCCAUACAGCAGCGGCCGCAUGGGUCGCAUGGCAGUCGUACGCCGUCGAAGGCGCCGUCGGCGGAACCCAGCGCGGCAAGCGCUGGCGGCGGCGGCGGCGGCGGAGGUGAGAUGAUGUCGUCGCCGCGGCCGCUGAGCGCCUCCGGAAGGUGGCGGCGUAGCGGCGUCGCAGAGUCAGUUGGCGGCGCCAGCAGCAGCGUUGGUGGCGGCGGUGGCGGCGCCGCGAGCAGCAGCGGCGGCGGCGGCAGCAUUCCGCCGAUGAUGUACGGCAAGGUAUCCUCCCCGGUGGCGCGGCGGCACCUCCCGCUGAAGAGCGCGACGUUGGGUUUCGAGCCCGAAUCGGAGGGCGAGGCUGAGGAGGGGCUGCCCGGUAUCACUCCCGACCCGAAUGGCCGCCCUCCUUGGCUGCCCGGCGGCGCUCGGCGGAGGUCCAACGGCGCGGCCAUGAGCAGUCACCUGGGACAACUGAGCAGCAGUCGAGGGGGGCCUCUGGCGUGAUGCUGUUGCUGGCGCGGCGGUUGCAAUUCGUUGUCGUGGGUACUGGUAGCAUGUGCUUUUGGUGCCGAGGGGGUUAUGAAGGGUAGGUCAGAGGAAUACCGGUAUGGUUUGAAAGGGCCAUGAAGGGGCGGUAGGGGUUCGCAUGGAAAGCGGGUCAGCAUGAGGGGCGGGCGUGAGGCUGAAGUGUGGGGAGUAUGCUUGUUUGUGCGGACCAGGAAGGGCUGCAUGCAUGUGUGCUCAGUGCUAUGUGAAUGUCGGCGUGAAUGUUGACUGUCUGUAGGUUAGAGGGACUGCGCGCGGGUUGGUACGGUAGGUCGGUAGUUGCCGCAUGUGCAAGUGGGAUCUUCCGACGUGACUGAUUUUGUGGGGGUGUUCGGAGGAGUGAUGGGCUUUAGAGUCAUGUGGUUAGGUGUGCAUUCAGGUUUGGCGGCAGGAUGGAGGUGUGGCGUGCUUUGAGCGAAGUCAUGGUAAGUUGGAGGCGCAGGUUGCUGGAAUGAGCCUUUUAGGUGCGCAGAGGCGUUGACGGUGGGUUUUCGUGCUGUUGCCGUGCUCGAGGGCAUGCAACUACGCAUAUGAUGCAGAGACGUAGAAUCUUCUGGACAAGUAGUGCACCAAGCUGAAAGACGCGCUUUCAGUUUUAUUGGAUUCCGGUAUGUCGUAGAACCGUUCUCGUGACCGCAACCGGUUGGCUUCGCAAACGCAGCGUUGUGACUGAACUUUAAUAUUGCUUAGACCAGUAGACCACCUUUGUACAGCGUUGAGCAUUUGGCGUUGUAGCGCGUGUGUAUUACGACUUUGUUACCUCGUCAACUCCGGCGGUUAUACUUUACAGCUGCUUGUGAAAUGACUUGCUCGCUGACAUGCGACAUUCCUCGUGCAUAAGAUGAUAUGACAUGUGGUUACGUUACAGAUGUAAAAAUGCUGUUCCUAUGUGGACAAGUCUCAAGCCUUGCAUAUCACCGUUCGUAUGCCCUACGCCACUUGUUUGCUGUAAAGUAUAGGAAUUUCAUAGGAGAUAAAUGUUACUAAGUGACAGCGAUGAUGGCGUGGAGCCUGGCUCUUACGCCCAUUCCUUGCUCAUGAGGAUGUCUCGUCGGCCUCAAGGCGCCACUUUGCGCCGCACCCAGGGGAGUAAGGACUCCAUGCCCGCGGCACGACCGGGCGGCCUUGAAGUAGAGCUGCUUGGCGCGGGUGUUACGUCCCCCUUCAACACAUGGCAUCUAGAAGAAGCGCUGCGUCAGCAAGCUUCAUGGGCUGUUGACCGGAGGCAACAUGAAAUUGAGGCCUACGAACGGGCGCUGCAUGGUGCCCUAACUGAGCUCCACCGAGUACGAACCGCCGAGGAAGUACGACUAACGACCCACGUCUCUGAAACCACCAACCGUUUCCAACGGCAACUGGAAGCCCUGCAGCAGAGCUUUCUGCAUGAGGUGGCGAAGUUGAAGCUUCAGGCGGUUAAAGAGCUCCGCAAGCAGAGGGAGCAUAGCGAGACGGUCAUAGCGGCGCGAGUGCGGGCGUUACAGGGGCAGCUCAGACACGAGCGACCCAUGGGUCUCGAACCUCGAGAUGCUGCCGGGCAUCAUUCUUCUUCUGCCCGCCCGGCAGCAAGAGACCCAGCAAGGGCAGAGAUGGCAGCAGCAGGGGUAGCACAAGCGGUGGUGUUUCGAGUGCACCGUGGGGCAGAGGAAGAGGUGCAGGAGGAGUGUGGGCCACCGCGGGGGCAGUCGCGGCGGAGGGAGAAGGGGCAGCGGCCGCCGCCGCCGUCGCAGCAACAGCAGCCGCAUUACGAGGACCUGGAUGAGGGGCAGAACCUGCAGCACCCCCACCGGGACCGGGAAGACCUGACGCACCGCUAUCAGCACCCCCAGCAGCAGCAGCACGUGCACCACCCCGACCACCACCGCCAAGAGCACUGCCGCCGCCCCAGCCCGCACCGGCAGCAGCGACAGGAGUGCUGUCCCCAGCUGCAGCAGCAACAGCAGGAGUGUUGUCCCCAGCAGCUGCUGUUUCACCACCACUACCACCACCAGGCGUGUGACGCGGGGGAGGAGGUGGUGGAGGUGGAGGGCGGCGGGGGUGGGGCGUGGCGGCAGGGCAAGGCGGCGGGGGCGGGGCCGGGACGGCCGCACGUGUCCCUUCGUUUGAGGAGUGCUCCCACCCUCCGUGCCGGCAGCGGCGGCAGCCCCCCCGCUGCGCCCACUGCUGACGUCCCGACGGCGGCCUGCCCCUCCUUGUCGCCCUCCCCGCCACCCCCCUACAAGGCAUCAGCUCCCCCACCAGCAGCCGCAGCAGCGGGCGGGACCGCAGCAGCAGCGGGUGGGGCCGCUGACAGCCCCUCUGCGGCCACACGUGUGGUGCGGGCGGGCAGGUGGUGAGGUGUGAGGCACGUUGCAAAGCUGUCAAAUUGCCGUACAUGGGGAAAUGUACGGAAGAGAUAACAAGAAGUCUUCAGACGGUUGUGUACGUGUGCACGAUUCCUUUUUUAUGGCGAGAAGCAUAUGGAGGUUGCUCCCAAGGGGGUUCCAGGAACACAUGCUUGUCAGGGGCGCCAGGUAUACAUAGAUAAUUAUAGGUAUACAUGUUCGUAUAUAAUCAAUCGGAUUACGGUGAUCUGAGAAUGGCAAACACCGCAUACGACACUUUUCAUAGCUGCAAAAGGCUGUACAUAACGGUUGCAUAUUUGCGUAGGUUUUUCGGUACGAAAAGGCGGUUUCUUGGACGAGGUACGACAAUUCUUUGGCUAUAUGCAUUCUCAGUAUUGUGUCACGGCUAUUCCGCCGUGUUGUGAUACUCAUAGGUACUAUCUUGUUGUUUAUUAAGUACCCGCCCGCCUUCCCCGUCCGCGGCCCCGCCGGUUCUCCGCCGGGCCGCCACGGUUUUUCCGUCUAAUGUCUUCUUUUUGUUGCACGGACUUCCGGUAGUUCGUGGCCUUGAGUGUUGCAACCGGCCAUUGGUGCAAAUUAAAAAACCUGACUGACACGGUUACGUUGCCGUUUCUCUGGGGCAGGGUGCAGGUUUUGUAGGGCCAAGCCGAGUAGCGGGGCGGCCAGGGUUUGGGAAUGUUGUUUACGCCAAGCCGAUUAGCGGGGCGGCGAGCUAGUAGUGGUGAUGAGGUUAGCGGUUGAGAGGAG